ACCAAUAUUUUUCAAAACUAACAAUCCAUGCAGCAGACACAAUAUUAGAUCUCGUAGAUGAUUUCCUUAAUUAUUUUGCUGCAUGACUGAGAAACUAACGUUUCGAUUGUGUAAGCUGCUUACAUCGUGGCACCCACCGGAGGUGCUCACCAGGAUGUUCUCUGUGAUGACAUACGGACGUUAUGCUGCUCGUGCAGUAGCUAACAGUUUAAGUCCAGAGCAUUUUAAUGGAAUCCCGUUUGUUCCUCGGGAUCCUCGAGGCAUCCAGAGUAGUUCUAGAUCAUCACCAAACUCAGCCACAUCCACACACUUGUGCCGUUUGGUCUCCGCUGUUUCUGGUUUUUCUAAGUUUGAUUCCCCGAUACGAAGAACCUCACGAAUCCCACCCAGAGCAGUUUCUUUGCUUGACAAACGUUUAUAUGGAGAUGAUGCUUGCUUUGUUACUUACUAUAAAGCUGCUGAUGUUUUAGGAGUAGCAGAUGGUGUUGGUGGGUGGAGAGCAUAUGGAAUUGAUCCUUCACAAUUUUCAAAGAAAUUAAUGGAUGCUUGUGAAAUGAUGGUGAAAACUGGACGCUUUGUACCAAGUCAACCUGCUGAUUUAUUAGCAUCAGGAUAUAAUGAACUUUUACAAGAUAAAGUUCCCCUUGCAGGAAGCAGCACUGCAUGUCUGGUGGUGCUUGACCGUAGCAAGCAGACCUUACACACAGCUAAUCUUGGUGACUCUGGUUUCAUGGUUGUACGCAAAGGAGAAGUAGUGCAUCGUUCAACUGAACAACAACAUUUUUUUAACACUCCUUUCCAACUCUCUGUACCGCCAGCUGAGCACAGAGAAGAAGUGUUAAAUGAUGCAGCCGAGGACGCCGAUACUACGUCGUUUGACCUUGAGUUGGGUGACAUUAUAUUAACAGCCACUGAUGGUUUGUUUGACAACAUGCCAGACCAUGCUAUACUCAAGGAACUAGCAAGGCUUAAGGACAACCAAUAUGAAAGCAUAAAGCAAACUGUUUGGAAUAUAGCAGAGCAAGCAAGGGACUUGUCUUAUGAUCCAGAUUAUCUUUCACCUUUUGCUAAACAAGCAAGAAAGAAUGGCUACCCUGUUACAGGAGGAAAGCCAGACGACAUAACUAUACUAUUAUCAAUUGUGACCGGCGAUUAGACCAGUUCUACAUUAAACAAAAAUUCGCAAACAGACCAUCACAUUUCAUCCAAUGGUUCUGCCUCACCAAACUCGCGGGUUCAAUAUCGAUGAGUCGUAACGAGGCGAGUCAGCAGAAGAUAGCACCCUCUUGCUUGGUUGUUGUUUUACAGAUUUCUCUGUAUGUCCCACCUGCACCACAUGGCGGACAAUUUUUAUUUUUAGAUGUUUUAUUUUCAAUGUUUAAAGUAAAUUUUUAAUGUGCUUGAUCAAGGUUGGUCAAAACAAAAUUAUGUUAAAAAAUUUGUAGAAAAAAAAAUCUGGCAAGUUCCUGCAUUUAUUUGCACUGAUAUUAGGUAUGAUAGUGCAUGCACUUGCGAACCUAAAAUAAUGUCGAAACACACUUCAGUAUUAGCGGUUCAGUUAAUGAACAACUGUGCAAAGUUUUGAAAGAUUUUUCAGUUUUUUUAACUGCCUAAUGGUUCAACUUCCGUUAAUAUAUUGCAAAAUUCCAACAAAGACAUUUGCUUUGUUUUCACAAUCUUGUCAUAUAAUAUUGUUAUUAUUGUUGUUGCUUUAUGAUUGGACCUACACGUUCGAUUUUUUUCUUCUAUGUUGUUUUAUGAAAAAAAAAACUGUUGUGCUGUUUGACUCUUGAUGAUACUGCACACUUUCUGUUAUCAAUCGUUUACUAUGGUAAAUUUACUAAAUUACAUCACAGUCUCUUGUGUUGUAGCAAGGGACUGUUUGCUUUACAAGCGUUUCCUGUGUUGUCUGUGGCGUCAUAGUGAGCUAAAUUGCGUCACAAAACUCGCACACAACACAUACAGUAGUAACCGCAGUGUAGUGACUGUAUCACGCGCACACAACAAACCAUUCAAAACCAUUAACUAAGAUUCUGGUAAUUUUGUGGCUUUAUAGAAUCGUUCUGUAUACGUAUUCAUUGUACGUGCAGUCUGCUUGUUUUUACCUUAAAUUAUAUUUCCAACCAAUA